UAUUACAGAUUUUAUUCUCGUGUAUCUAUAGUGAAUUUAAACUCAUUACAUCUAUAUAUAUAUACACAUAUAUAUUAGAAUCGAUACGACUUGAUAACAACACGUAUGCAUCAUAUAUAUAAUUGCAAAUCGUUUUUGUUAUUGUUCUGACAGUUUCUGUUUGCGUUAUAUUCGAUGUUUAUGUUACUUUAUAUAAUUUUCCAUGUGUUUUAUUGUAAGGAAAUGUUUGAUAACAUGGUUACCGGAGAGGAUUGUUCUUGCACUGAUACAACCGAACCAUCCAAUCUAACAUCCUUGCACUCGGACGAUGUUACCUCGGCCGUAAAUUCCGAUGUGAAUGCGGUCUGUACCAAGACAAUUGAGAAGGGAAACGAUGCUGUUGAAGGACCUAAAGAUACGGAUUGUAAAUGUUCAAUCGAUGCGUCACCAGUUGCAACUUAUUGUGUAGCGAAAGCGGAAGCUCCAUCCACAGUUCCAGCAAAACCGGAUCGCCAGCGAGAGAUUUCAAGAAGUCGGCUUGCAACGACGCAAUUGAGCUUCUCUCCAUGCUUAUGCCGUAGUCACAAAAUCAAUGGUUACGUUCUGCCUGUGAAACUUAAAAAAGAAAAACCGCAACCACGGCAGUUCUGGAGCCGUUUUAGCUGGAAGCGGCCAAGAAAUGGAUACUUUGGCAAAGAGAACAAGAUGUAUGAGAUAAAGUUGAAACAGGUUCAGUGUCCUCACUAUGCUCAGGUGCCUUUCAAAAGCGUGUCUAAACAGCAUCUGAACGCGUCGCAGCUACCUCAUGAAUUUCAACCCCCCGCCGCUUACGAGAUGUCGGAUGGGAUACCGAGUAAAAGUACUAAGUACGAUGCCGGUAAAUCAAAGCCCCUCAAGUAUCCGGCGAAGACGAAACUCAAGAGAGAGGAAGUGGCGGAGAAGAUCGAGAUUUACUACUUCGAUCACGGAAGCUCCGCAUAUUAUCGAACAACCGAUUGUCAUCCUGUCCUAACUACGGACAAGUGCGCUGAAAAAACGGAUCAAGCGGCAACCCGUUUUUGGGCAGAAAUCUUCGGCACAAUUCAUAUCGGCAUCGCCUUCGUUACGGCUUUUAUUCUGCAGCUCCUCCGUUUCAUUCUGUAUAGUGUGAUUCGGCCGCUGACAGUGGGGAUACUUCAGUUGAUAGCGGAUUAUUUUGUGAAACCGCUGUUAUCCAUUCUAUUCAACGCUCUCGUGCAGCCAGUACUGAUUCUUCUUUAUAAUAUCGCUACGUCGUUAAGGGAUCUCUGCGAACCGAUAGCCGAAGCGAUAGGCCUAUUUUUGAGAGAAAUUGCGAAUCUUUGCGCCGCGAUUAGACUCGUUGAAGUGAAGCACAUCCACGCGUCGACCACUACUGCUUGCACCUGA